GCUCGCGACGGAAAUGCGUCGGACAGGUGAGUGCGAGCGGCGGCGCGCGGGUGGGGCUCUGCGCUCGUGCAUGUAGCUCCUAACAAAAGUGGGGGGAAAAGAUUUAGAAAGAGAGGAAGCAGCUUUUCUAUGGCGUCCGAGAAUCUGCUGGAGAGAGGAAGAGCUUCUCCUCGGAGUGUUUAUUAGAGCGCGCGCAGGAACCGGAGGAGAGCCGAGCAGGAGGAAAGAGACAUGACUUCCACAGACAGAGAGAGCGAGGUGGUCAGGGACGGGUGCAGAACUGGAGACAAAGAUCAGAGUUGGAUCCCGAAGGUGAUAAAGAAGAGAGUGUGCACGGCGUUUGUGGAGGAUCCUCUCAGUAAUGGAGAUCAGUGUCAGUGCGGUGGGGCUCGUGGUCUUCAUGGCUCUGUAGCUACAGGUGAUUAUUUCGGCUCUGCUAUCGUGACGCAGUGGGACUCGUCCAAACACACGUCCGAGUGUCCAUCCGACGCUUUCGGAGAGCUCAAGUUUGCCGGCAUCGCUCGCAGACAAAGUCAUUUCCUGCGUCUGUCAUGCGACACUCCCGCUUCGCUCGUCUACGCCAUCCUGACUCAGCACUGGGGUCUGCCGCCUCCCAACCUGGUGGUGUCGGUGGUGGGGGGCGUCGGCCAGGAGAAGGUCAGGAGCUGGGUACGAGAGGUGGUGAGACAGGGGCUGGUGCGAGCCGCACAGAGCACAGGUGCCUGGAUCGUGACGGGUGGGCUGAGGGAGGGCGUGGGCCGCUGCGUCGGCGAGGCGGUCAGGGAUCACGGAACUGCGGCUGCGUCUCAGUCCAAAGUGGUGGCUCUGGGCGUGGCCCCCUGGGGCCUGGUGGCCAACCGACAUCAACUCGUCAACGCUGAGGGCAGCUUCCCGGCCAGAUAUUAUGUUCAGAACACGUCACGGGACUCGUGUUACCUGGACAGUAACUAUCAGGCCUUCCUCCUGGUGGAUGAUGGGAGCGUCGGCCGCCGGGGUGGAGAGACGAGCUUCAUAACCAACCUGGAGAAAUUCAUCUCUCAUCAGCGCACCGGGAUCUGGGGCAGUGGGAGUAUCGAGAUCCCUGUGCUGUGUAUGCUGAUUUCUGGCGAUGCGUCUGUGCUGAAGAGGAUGGACAUGUCUCUGAAGAAGACCACGCCCUGGUUGGUGUUGAACGGUUCGGGUCCUGCGGCGGACAUGAUCUCGGAGCUGCUGAGUGACCUGAGCCGUGCGGCGUCUCCAGUGGACGGUGAGGGCAGAGACAGCUCCAGCUUCAACCACGAGCUCAGAGACCGAGUGCGAGAGAUCAUCAAGAAACAUUUCCCCUUGGAGAAAACGCUGGAGAAGCUGGUGGACCAGGCUCUGAGUAUCUAUCAGAAAAGAUCUCUGAUCACGGUGUUCCACGGGGAACAGGACAGUCCUGAUGAUUUCGACACGGUCAUCCUGAGAGCCCUGGUGCGAGCCAGUAAGCAGGUGAACAGUAACUCCAGUGAGUACACAGAGGAGCUGAAGUUGGCCGUGGCCUGGAACAGAGUGGACAUCGCAAAGAGCGAGCUGUUCAACGGCGACAUCCAGUGGAAGUAUGAUGAUCUGAAGGACUCCAUGACGGAUGCUCUGGUGAACGAUAAGCCUCAGUUUGUUCGUCUCUUCACUGAGAACGGUCUGAACAUUCUGGAGUAUCUGACGUAUGAGCGUUUGGAGAGUCUGUACCAGUCUCUCUCCAGCAGCACGCUGGCCUACACCCUGCUGCAGACGUGGCUGAGGGAGAGACACAGCCUGGCCUCCUCUCAGACCUGCUCUCCCGACUCGGACGGCGGGAACUGCAAGGGCCUGAAGAGUCCCGUGACGGGGCCGUCGAGCGCCCGCGGGCUCAGCCUGUUUGAGGUUUCACGGUUAUUGGGGGAAGUUUUCGGAGGCAUGUGCCAGCCGUUUUAUUACGUCCCCCUCGGCCUGGAGCCUGGAGUGAGCUUGAGGAAAGCAGCAAAGCAUGUGAAUAAGAUUCUGCAGGGUGACUGUGCGUACCGUCAUCAGCAGGUUGCGUUCCCCUGGUCCUCUCUCUUCAUCUGGGCCAUUCUGCAGAACCGCAGUGAGAUGGCCAUUUUCUUCUGGGAGAUGGCGGGCGAGUCUGUAAUGAGCGCGCUCAGUGCGUGUAAGAUCCUCCGAGAGCUGUCCAAGCUGGAAAACGAGACAGAGACCUGUUUGUCCAUGAAGGACCUGGCGCAGAAGUUCGAGAUCCUGGCUCAUGACAUGUUUAGCGCCUGCUGCCAGAGCAACGAGACUCGCUCCCUCACGCUGCUCAUAAGGAUGUCCCCGUUUUGGGGCGGAGCUACGUGUCUACAGAUGGCCACGGCGGCCGACGCACGACUCUUCUUCAGCCAUGACGGUGUGCAGACUCUGCUGGCUCAGAUCUGGUGGGGUGACAUGCACAGCCGCACUGAAGUGUGGAAACUCAUCAUGACGUUCUUCCUACCUCCUCUCAUCUACACCAACCUCAUCACCUUCAGAGAGCAUCAGGAGAGACACAAAGAUGGUUUGGAGGGGUCGCGCACCGUAGCGUUCUCUCUGCCUGAUAUCACACAGCACAUGGAUGAUGACAUUAAAUUGGAGGAUAACGCUCACGGUGGAGAAGGGGACAAUGUCGACGGCAGUCACAUCUAUUCUCUCACUGACAUCACACACACGGAUGAGGAUCUGGAGGAACACACUGCCUUAACCAAAGACUAUAAAGGGAAACAUGCUUCUGUCCACAAACACCCGUACGUCGUACACCGAUGGCGGCAGUUCUGGUUCGCGCCCGUCACUUCGUUUCUAGGCAACGUGCUAAUGUACUUCCUCUUCCUCAUCCUAUUCGCUUACGUCCUAUUGGUCGAAUUCAAACCUCCGCCUCCGGUUGGCCCCGCCCCCAUUGAGUAUUUGUUGUACUUUUGGGUGUUUACUCUGGUCUGUGAGGAGAUUCGACAGUCUUUCGUCAGCGGCUCAGGGAGUUUUUCUCAGAGUAUGGAGUUGUACAUCCAGGACAUGUGGAACAAGUGCGACCUCACGGCCAUCGUCCUCUUCAUCCUCGGCCUCAUCUGCAGGAUGUUCGACUGGUCGUAUGAGUUCGGUCGCUCGGUGCUGUGUGUGGACUACAUGGUCUUCACUCUUCGACUCAUUCACAUCUUCGCCGUUAACAAACACCUCGGACCCAAAAUCAUCAUCGUCGGCAAAAUGGUGAAGGAUGUUUUCUUCUUCCUGUUCUUCCUGGGAGUCUGGCUAUUGGCUUACGGCGUGGCCAAUCAGGCGCUGAUCUACGCUUAUGACCCUCGACCUUACUGGGUGAUUCGCAGAGUUUUCUACAGACCGUACCUGCACAUCUUCGGGCAGAUCCCACUGGAUGAAAUAGAUGCUCAUAAGCGUAUACAGAAGGUUUGCACCAACAACGUGACUCUGAUCCAGCAGGGAGCCGAACCGUGUCCGCAGUCAGAAGCCAACUGGCUCGUCCUCAUCCUGCUGUCCAUCUACCUGCUGGUCACCAACGUCCUGCUGCUCAACCUCCUCAUCGCCAUGUUCAGCUACACGUUCAGUAAGGUACAGGAGCACAGUGACGUUCACUGGAAGUUCCAGCGCUAUAACCUGAUAGUGGAGUAUCACUCUCGCCCGUGCCUGGCUCCGCCCUUCAUCAUCCUCUCUCACCUGCGGCUCUUCAUCAAGAGAACCAUCCGCAAAGUUCCUUCUGUCAAAAUCAAACACUUCAUGUUGGAUCUGAGAGGUAGGAAGGCGAGCAGGUUGAACACGUGGGAAGCGGUACAGAAGGAGAAUUUGCUCUCGACUCAGAGUAAGAAGCUCAGAGACAGCGACACCGAGCGACUCAGACGCACGUCUGCCAAGGUGGACAGCAUGCUGAAGCAGAUGGCAGAGAUUCGAGAUCAAGACCGCAGAUUGAGAAUGCUGGAGUCUGAGUUGGAGUACUGCUCUAGCUCCCUCUCGUGGAUAAUGGAAGAACUGGCGCAGAGUGACCUGAUCAAACACACCCGUCGCCCCCCCGUCCACCGAGAGUCGGUCCCACCAACUUCUCCCACAUGAGACAACAGCAAACAGACGAGUCUCCAAACCAAAGGAGCUUCUGGAUUUCCUUUUGCACAAACAUGUCAAAGAUGAAGAUGAUGUUGAUGAUGAUGAUGAUGAUGAUGAUGAUAUCUCCCUUUCUGAAAAAAAGACUUGCAGUUGUGGGAGAGAAACAUGUUUCACCGACACUCUUGCAUUUCAAUGUUGUUUUUUUUUAUAAUAAACACCAAAUAUGAAAACCUCAGUGUUCCUGCUCACAUGUCUGACAGGAUCACAACUCAGUUCAGUCACAUCUCAGAACAGAUCUGUAAAGAUGUCCAGACUCUCCCUUCUUCUUUUUUUAAUAUAUAUAUGAUUUGUAUUUUAUUUUUUAUAGAUUUCAGUUGAGUCAGUUAAUGAAACAGUGAUUACAGGUGAAAUGUAAUGUAAAAUCUGUUGUUUGUUUUGUAGGGGAAUGUGAUUCAAGGGUCUUUAAAAGCUCUCAUAUGUGUUCUGAGUUGCAUUAGAUGUUUUCUAUGAGUUGAUUUUUAAAUUUUCUAAAUAUAAAAAUCAUUUGAUUAUUACGCUUCA